CAUGAGAAAUGAUCGGACAUAUAUGGCAGGAUAUAUUUUCCGUCCGGAGAUAUAUCUUCAUAAACCAGAUAUAUUUUUUUUAUUUUUCGGUGAGCUUCUAAUAUUUGAAUGCAUGAAAUCCCAAAAUUUGUCUCUCAUAAAAACCGAUACAUACUUAACUUUAAAAGCCCUCUUCCUAACAAGUGAUUAAUUACAUAGGAAACCAAGAAUUAACUGCUCUACUCCCCGCUUCUCUGUAGUCACAUCGCAAUCAAUUGAUCUUGUAAUCCAUUUGCAGACGAUUAAGCAAAAAAAUGUGCGCUUUCAGAGUGUUGACCAGGUUAUCGAACACCACCUCCUACGUGAAAACUUCGAAACCCUAUCACCACCAAAUCCUCAGAACUCUUAUUUUGGAGUCUUCACCUUCUCAAUUCGUCAAGCUUCACAAACUCUCUGACGAAGAUUCUGGGAUUGUUGAGGUUAGGUUGGAUAGGCCUGAAGCUAAAAAUGCUAUAGGGAAAGAGAUGCUACGUGGUCUAAGUAAUGUGUUUGAAUUGAUUAAUCAGAACUCUGAUGCUAAUGUUGCUAUGAUCCGCAGUUCAGUUCCUGGUGUAUUUUGUGCAGGGGCUGAUUUAAAGGAGCGUAGGACCAUGAAUCAAUCAGAGGUUAAGUUUUUUGUGAAUUCUUUUCGUUCCACAUUGUCAUUUCUAGAGGAAAUUCGUGUACCAACUAUUGCUGUUAUUGAAGGAGUGGCUCUUGGUGGUGGACUUGAAAUGGCUUUGGCAUGUGAUAUUAGAAUAUGUGGAGCAAAUGCUGUGAUGGGUUUGCCAGAGACAGGACUUGCUAUAAUCCCUGGGGCAGGUGGAACGCAGCGACUACCUAGAUUGGUUGGAAAAGCAAUAGCAAAGGAUAUUAUUUUUACUGGUCGAAAGAUUAAUGGCAUCGAGGCGCUAUCCAUGGGUCUUGUCAAUUACUGUGUUGCUGCUGGUGAAGCUCAUUCCAAAGCACUUGAAAUUGCUCGGGAUAUCAAUCAAAAGGGCCCUGUAGCAAUAAGAAUGGCUAAAAGAGCUAUUAACAAGGGCAUGGAAACAGAUCUAACAUCGGCGUUGGUUUUGGAAGAAGAUUGCUAUGAUAAGGUGUUGAAUACAAAAGAUCGACUGGAAGGCUUGGCUGCAUUUGCUGAAAAGCGGAAACCAAGGUACACCGGUGAGUGAAAGGAAUAUUUCUGCUGACUAUCUCUGUUUAUGUUGCUAGACAGCAAUGUCUAUCAUUAGUGAUUCAAGUGAUGUAUUGAACCUGGAGGCAACUCAGAUGUGAAACUGUCACUACUUUUGCCUCUAUAAUCAUGUGAAAUUGAGACACUGAUUUUAUUCCCAUUGAAGCUAUAAAUUUCACCUUUCUUUUUGCAAUGAA